AUAAAGUUGUUCCCGGGUCCCGAGCUCAGGGACUGCUUCUCAGCUGAGAGACACAUAAGAUGACACACGGUCGUUUGUGGAAUACGGACCGUUCAAAACACUUGUAGACGGACCCAACAGGUGAGAAUGAGGAUUAAUGAUUUUUAAUACAAUAGACUUGAAUGCGGGAUGUCGUUUUUUCAGUUCUCAGGUGUACGGCUGCAGCUGAAUGAUACUAAACUUAAUCUGGCAGCAAAAUAACUUUAAAUCGGAACGAAAGCAGCCAUCUGUUUGCACCUUUAUACACGAAAACGUGUUUGAAGUUGUGCUUGCAGAAAUACAUUAUGUUGCAAGUUUGCUAGAUUUACAUCUACACUAAUAUAGGCUACGAUUAGAAUAAGUAUGUCAAGUGGGUUCCCUCAUCAGUCUUCUCCGCGGUAUCGUAACAUGUGAUUCAUGGGUUGGCAUUGGAUCCAUGUCUGAAGGUCAAGUUCAAUGAACUUUGCAGGCGUGACUAUAUAUAUACCACACGACUAAGUGAUAUAUAAAAAAGCGGGUAACCUUCUCCAGUAAUGAAUGAUGCCUAACUCGCUUCAAGCCGGGCUCUUUAAUUUCUUCGAAAUUCACCAUGUGGCGGGUCCAUGUUGUGGAUUUGCAGAGGGGUUCAUGAUGGUCUUCUUUUAAGACUUUCUGCAUAUCUAUAGAUGCUGCAAAGAAGCAUACUUGAUGUUAAUUAGUGUUGUAUCAAACUAAUGCUUGAGAAGGUGAGACAUCCAGGGUAAAGCCAGUCAUUUUUCAUGCAAAAAUCUACAGCAACAUAAAUUAAAAAUAGGCAAUAUUUUGUUAUGAAAUUUUGAGCUGAAUCACUGCAAUGACUUCUAACUUUUAACCAUUGGUUAUCCAACGUGUGGCCCUGCACUUAUGUUGUCUAAGGCUGUGGAGAAACAGUGUCUUCCACCUCUGUUAUAGCUGGUUAACCUGCCAAAGCUUGAAGGUUGGGUAAAGAUAGUGACAGGAUUUUGUGUCUUCUCUUAUAUUCUUAUUUUUUGUGUUUUUCAGUCUUGCAGUCAUGACUUGCAUAUAUUCCCAGCACAGAUCUCAGCCUAGUGAGAACAACCUCGGCAGCUCAGAGUUUCAGAACACAGACUUUAUCUCCAGACUGGCUGUGGGAAUGAGUAGCCCACUGGACCAGCACCUCUCUGCACCAUCCUUGCCAAGCAUCGGCUCCCUGGUGGGCACUCCCACAGGAGACUUCGAUGCAUAUUCAUGCCAGUUUACUACGGCUCCUGCCCAUGUUGCUCCAUCCUCAGCGCAGGAAACUCCUUUCAAGCUCGAUGAACUCCAAGUUUACGGCUGCUACCCUGGAUCUUUCAUGUUGAGUUACCCCGAUGAAUCUGUGUCCCCCACUGGGUCAGAUUAUUAUGGCAGCCCUGCAUCAGCCUCGGCUCCUUCAACCCCUGGGUUUCAGAGUCAGCACACAUCCACCUGGGAUUCAGCCUUUGGGCCAUAUUCACCCAGUCCAGGGUACUGGGCAACUGAGGAGACAUCAGUACCCCAUGCACCAUCUUUCUUCACAUUUGGUGCAGGAUCCAUGGAGGAUAUGUCCCCUUUGGGUCAGCCACACUUACGAGAUCAUGAUGCUUUCGCCUUGAGCCAUCCUCACCCAUCUACGCUGACCUUUCCCACCUUGGAGAUGGAGCAUGCACGCAGCUUUGAUGGUGCUGACCAACUGGACGCUGGAAGCUUGUCACCCAAGCUGAAAAGUCCAGGUGGAAACGAAGGCUGCUGUGCUGUGUGUGGGGAUAACGCCUCCUGCCAUCACUAUGGAGUUCGCACUUGUGAAGGAUGCAAAGGUUUUUUCAAGCGUACUGUGCAGAAAAAUUCAAAGUAUGUAUGCCUUUCCAACAAAGACUGUCCUGUGGACAAGAGGCGGAGGAAUCGAUGCCAGUUCUGCCGUUUCCAGAAGUGUCUAGCUGUAGGCAUGGUCAGGGAAGUUGUCAGAACCGAUAGCCUGAAAGGGCGAAGAGGCCGCUUACCUUCCAAGCCCAAAAUUAUUCAGGAUGUAACGGCAGCUGUGUCUCCAGUGAGCAUGAUCGCCGCACUCGUGAGGGCACAUAUUGACUCAAACCCCAGCGUUGGGACACUGGAUUAUUCCAAGUAUGUUGAGAUGGAUACCAGCCCUAAUCAGAAAGAGGACGCCAGUGAUAUCAGACAGUUUUACGACUUGCUUACAGCCUCCAUGGAGGUUAUCAGGCAGUGGGCAAAUAGCAUCCCGGGAUUCUCUGAGUUCUGCCUUGAGGAUCAGGAACUGCUGCUCGAAUCGGCAUUUGUUGAACUCUACAUCCUGCGUCUUGCAUUUCGGUCUGAUCCUAAAACGGAGAAGCUCAUCUUCUGCAAUGGAGUCGUACUUCAUAAAACGCAGUGCGUACGGGGUUUUGGCGACUGGAUCGAGUCCAUCUUGGAGUUUUCGCAAAAUCUCCAUCGCAUGAAGCUCGACGUUUCCUCCUUCUCCUGCCUCACAGCCCUCGUCAUAAUCACCGAUCGGCAUGGUCUUAAGGAACCAAAACGUGUGGAAGACCUGCAGAAUCAGCUCAUCACCUGCCUCAAAGAUCACGUCUCUGGCUGUGGCUCUGACUCUUUGAGGCCCAAUUAUUUAUCCAGACUUCUCGGGAAGCUGCCUGAGCUCAGGACUCUGUGCACUCAAGGCCUCCAGCGCAUCUUUUACCUUAAACUAGAAGACCUCGUUCCUCCGCCACCGAUCGUGGAAAAAAUAUUUCUGGAUACGCUUCCAUUUUGAGCGUGAGAUGGGAGAUAUGCCAUCUGUGAUGUGAAAUCUGGAGCUGAUCUGAGAGCCAAAGCAAACAGACUGAGUGCUCAUACUCCAGGUAGCAAAGUAAAACUGCAUGCAGCUAAGAAAAAAAAAAGCAAUCCUUAGGGAUUAUGCAUUAUCAGAAGUAAAGUGCUACUUCUGACUUAUAAAAUGAAAUAAAACUUGUAGAAGUCCCUUUUUCUGUGGAGCAAUCACAUGAUUCUUUAUUUGGUUAGGAAAUUGUAAUCUCUCCAGAUGGAAUUCGAGAGGUCAUCUCAUGGAUCAAACAGUAACUGUUUACAUACGAGGUGCCAUGAAUGGAAACUUUGUUAAACAGAGGGAAAUGACAGCACUUUUCCAAACAGUUACAAAUGAAUUCAAAUAAGGUCCGCGCCAUCAUUUGAAUGAUAUAAGCAAAAAGCAUUAAUGUGAUAUUUUCAGCUCCAGUAUUAAAAUAGCCAAUACCCACAGAUUUAUUCAGCAGUACAGUUCGUGUAUCAUGAAUCGACUCUGAGCAGCUAUCAUACUGUGUAUUUUCCAGUACAGUCUUACACACUGGUCUUGUUUGUAAAUGAUUUUAUAUCUGUUAUGAAGUCUGGUGUUGGUGCCACUUGAACUGUUUUAUACAGUUUGUUUUGGAUGAGUUGUUUUUAUGUACAAAGAUGUUCUCUUCUACUGCAGAUAAACAUUUAAUAAAAAUGUCAAACUGCAUGUUUUGAG